AUGGGGUGGAUUCUUCGAGAUCAUGAUGGUUAUUUUGUGGCUACUCAAUCUCUUUCAAGACCGGGACCCGCUCUUCCCAGGGAGGCCGAAGUUCUUGCGGUUCGUGAGGCCUUAAGUUGGCUAAAGAAUACUCAAUGGGACAGUAUUAUAGUGGAGACGGAUGCUGAAGUUUUGGUUCGCAGCCUGCAUACCCCGAAUUUAUCUCCUUUCGGAUUGCUUCUUGAUGAUAUUACUGUUUUACUUUCGAGUUUUCAGAAUGUUAAGUUUUGUCAUGUUCGCAGAGAUGCAAAUGUUGUUGCUCAUUUGCUCGCUAGCUAUGCUUUUUUCUUAGUACGAGUGUGA